AUGUUAGGAGUAUGUGAGAUUUGUCACUCGGUAGCGAGGAACGUGGCCAGCAGGAAUGAGAUGAUAGAGGAGGAGGAGGUGGCGGUGGAUGUAGAAGGGGGAGGAGGAGGAGAUGCGGCGGUGGGGGAGGAAGACGGAGGGAGCUCGUGGCAACGGCAGCUGAUUCCCGUCCUUAAGAGCUUGCUGAGCAUCGGCUUCCAUGCCGAGCUUGAACAAGCAAGCUGCUUGCAGAUACAAAGCGGUUGCCCACUCUGGAGACACAACCUGUGCCUGCAAUGCAUCGGUCAGAGCCUCUUGUGCGUUCUCGUUCAUCAGAUAUGA